AAUCAAUCAACGUCGUAAGUAAACAAAUGUUGCUAAAAGAAAUUCCGUAACUGGGCAACCAAUGACAUUUGCGUGUUAAUAAAAUUUUAUUGAUUAAAAUUAUUUUUAAUCUCUUUUGAAAAAAUACUAUACGUUAUUCAACACUUUCAAAUUAAUUUGUUUAUAUUUUACUUUGACUCUUCACUAUUUAAACAAAUGCCUUUCUGGGGUGAUGGAGGUAAAGCUGAAAAUUAUAAAGCAAAACUAGAACAUAAAAUGUGCAUCGCUAAAGAAGCUCCUGAAUCUACAUUUGAUAUUUCUGAUUGUAAUCUAUCUGAAGUUCCAUCUGGAGUAUAUUCUAUGUGCAGGGUUUUUCGCAAAGAGGCUUUGCUGUUGCAAACUAAUCAACUAACCUCUCUACAAAAUGGUGGCUCGCUGAAAGAUCUGAGUGACCUGAUUGUUCUUAAUGUUCAUAACAAUAAACUGCAUUCCCUACCUGAUGAGAUUGGCUAUCUUACUCACUUGCAAGAAUUAAAUUUGGAAAAAAACCGUUUGAAGAAACUACCUGUUUCCAUUGGCAAGCUGACAAAUUUGAGAAGCUUGAAUUUGAAAAGUAAUAAUUUGCAGUCUUUUCCAUUAGCUAUAUGCUCAAUACAAUGUCUUCAGUCUCUGGAUAUUUGUAAUAAUCCUAAAAUCAAAACUUUACCAAAGGAGCUGUGCAAUCUUGUGUCAUUAAAUUGUUUUAAUUUAGACGCUCAACUAUUUACAUAUCCUAAUUGUGACAUAUGCCUUAAAGGAGUUGAAAGUAUCCAAAGAUUUCUCUGCAAUGAGAGUGGCAGAGAAUACUGUCUUGUUUCUAGUCCAUCCUGCGAUGUUCCUAGCAAAACGGCAGAACAUACUGUAUAUAACACCUUGGAAUCCCCAGAUUUUGCAGCAUCUUAUCACCAGUAUCAAAGGGCAAAGGAACAACGACAACUAGAUCUUCGACUGAUGGAAGAAGCUCUGAAAGAAAGCCUUGUAUUGCCAAGUGCUGCUGAUACUUCGAUUCGUAAAAAACAACUGAUGGAUAAUAUUGCUUUGGAACAAGAUAGAAUGGAAAAUGAGAUUUUACUAUUACAGAAGAAAAAGGAAAAAGAAAAACAAAAUCUUCUCUCAAUAUUAUCAAAUGUUGAGAAUCAUUCAGCUAAGUUAAUAAAUAAGUUGAUGGAGCUAAACGACAAACGACAAAAUUUAGAAAAUAUGGCAGCUGUUUUGGAAAAAGAUAGAAUUGAUAAUGAGGAACUUUUUUCUAUAAAACAAGAAGAAUUGGAUCAGUUGAGAAAGAAAGAAGUUUUGGAAGCAAUGAAGGAAAUGCUUUUGUGUGAAGAAAACUUUGGUAAAUAUGAAGCGAGAAGAUACAGCAUGGCUGAAGAAAUACAAAAUGAUGAAAAUGAGAGUAAGCUGAAACUUUUUAAUAUUUUCCAUGAACGCGAGCUGGAUCAACAAAUUUUGAUCAACAGGUUGCUGGAAGAGGAACAAUAUCAAAAAAAAGCCUUUGAAGUUCUACAGCAGCAAAAAGAUCUUCAACAUCAACAGAUUGCUCACCAGAUACAACUUAUUGAAAAGGAACUUUCUAACUUAUCUGCUGCUGAGAUGGAAAAGAAGAACUUGAAAAUUUCUUCUGAUAUAAAUACAUUAUCAGAACACAGGAUAGCUUUAGCAUGCCUAUUAACAGGACUUUUGACAGCAAAGGAACAAAGAGAAAGGGAAUUGAAAGAGAGAUUGUUAGAAAUGGAAGCAAGGCAUGCACAUGAAAUGGAAGAUUUUUGGUUAUUACAGUAUCAGAAGUUACUUGACAUGAAACCAAAAGGAAUUACUAUUGCAGAACUAACAAUUGAUGAUGAAGUAAAAGAUUUGUUAUUAAAUAUUCCUGCUCCUGACUUGAUACCUUUGUUCGCUAUGAAAGGGAUAACAAUUGAAGACUUACUGAGAUUUACAGUACGAGAUUUAAAAAAGAUUGGUGUUUUGGAUGAAGAUAUUUGUGAAGCUAUUUUGGGAAAAGCACUCACUUAUUUCGAAGGAGACUACAAAAGAUAUGCUUUGCCGAAAUUUUCUGAAACCCCAGAACCAUCUGCACCACCUGAUUCUGAUGAAUCGCCUGAACUUGAAGAAUUAUCUGAACCAGCUACUUCUGCAUUUGAGGCACAACCUGAAGAAAUGCGUGUUCCCAGUGCACCUCCAUUUUCCCCAGAUACUGAAUCCAAAUUAUGGUGUCACACUGAAUGUGUCAUUUGUAUGGAUUUACAUACGUCUAUUGUAUUCCUGCCUUGUGGCCAUGUUUGCUGCUGUCAAAAAUGCUCAGAAGGAAUUGAAUUAUGCCCUAUGUGCCGAACAACUGUUACUUCAAAAUUUGUUAUAUCUUUUUCAUGAAGUAACUCCUUUGCUUCUCAUGUUAUCUUUAAAAACAAUUCCAUGCUUACAGCUAAAAUUGUUGAUAAUUUGCCUUCAAAUAUUUAGCUUAAUUGAUGCCAUAUUUUCACUUUUUAUAUUUUAUUGUUAGAUAAUUAUUGUAUAUAUGUAAAUUAAAAUUAGCUGUUAUUAAUUAUACAUAUUUCAUCUUUUUGCAAAAUAAAUUACUUUCAAUUUA